AUGAUAGAUUGUGGAGGGCCACCGUGUAUGAACGGAGGUCGAAAGAGUGACUCGUGUGAAUGCGAUUGCCCUACACCAUGGAGUGGUGAAGAUUGUUCAGAAUGUGACAUUAAGUGUAUCCAUGGAACUUUAGACGAAGCGACAUGUCAAUGUACGUGUGAUGACGGGUGGAUGGGCCUAACGUGUUCAGAACCGUGUGAGAAUAAACAUCAGCUUUGUUAUCACGGAUGGUAUCCGAAUUGGUGUGACGAUGAGCACCCGUAUGUACUAGAUAACUGCCCUGCGAUGUGUGAACUAUGCAAAAUCAGCACUGGUGGUGAUACAAGACCAGGUAACUGUCGCAAGAGAUGUAAGAAUGGAGGUAGUCUUCAGGAAUCAGCUUGUGAAUGUGAAUGUCCGGAUGGAUGGUUUGGAGACGAUUGCUCAUUGGAAUGCCGGGACAAGUUCCACCACUGCCAAUGGUCCACCAGACUUUGUGACAAUCGCGAUUACGCUCGACACUAUUGCCCAGUAUCGUGUGAUUUGUGCUCACCACCACUAGACAUUACCGAGUGAUCCCGAAGCCCUCCGAAAUGAACCCGACAAGAUCCGAUGAUGGAACAACAAAUUGCCCGUAACAAUUGAGGAAUUACGAAGAAAGAUUGAUUGAUAAAGAGCUUUAAAACGAGUCUAUGUGUACGGUAUUAUGUAUAGGUGAAUCUUGUGUAGAUCUUAAAGGGACUCUGUAAUUUUUCCCGCUGUAGUUUCGUUCUUCAAAAUUAUUUAUUUCGAGUUAUUGCUCGUAAUCGUUGAAUGACUAUCUGCGAGGAACAUGCAACAAAUAUCAAAUAUAUAUUUUUAGUUAAAGGAAGACAUGUGCAUUUGGAAUCAUUAUUUGGUAACACAUAUAAUUAUGAUUUUUAUUGGCUUAACGAAUAGUAGUGCUGAUUUCCACGAUUGCAUUAUGUGCAAUCAAUCGGUUGUAAUGAUCAAUUACAAUAAGCUUUGUUUUAUCAUGGUUAUGGGGUAUUUGUGAUCAGAAAAUUCAGCAAGCCAUAGUAUUUUACAAUCAAUGGUAAAGACCGAAUUUACGUAUUUAUUCUAUUAUAUUACUUUAAACAACGACGGGCAAAUCAGUAGAUUUGUAACAAAUCAUCAGUGAGGCGUCAUAUUGGCCAUGAUUGCUUAGACUACAGUAUGUCACUAUGAUUGAUCUUUCUGUUUAAAUGUAACUAAAACAAAACAUCUUUAGCUUUACAAAAUAGUCAGAUAUUGCAACAAGGUUUCACUAUGCAUUAUUUUGUCGGAAAGGUAUAUAUUUAUGUUAGCUCACGUUGUAUUCAUAAAUCUUUUGAGAAUAUUAACUCUGUUACUUAUUUUCGUAUAAAGAGUACUUUAUUUUCGUUAUAGAAAAUCUAACGUUCUUGUGGUAGUAAGAAGUUGGCCAAAAAAGAACGGUAUUUUAGACUGGUGUGUUUUAUGUUUUGCACAACGAAAUGUUGAGAGAACUGAUAGUAAAUUACUCAUCGUCCUAUAGUAAACCUAAAUUUAACUAUUUGCCACAGACAAUAAAAUAAAAAAAAGUAACAGUAAUUUUCAAAGUAAGAAUUUAUGCCAAGAGCAAGGAACAAACGUAAUGAAAACUAUUUUUUAUGUCAGAAAAAAAAAUCGAGUUAAAUGUAUAGGUAGACCAAUAUAAUAACUUCAUUGAUCACCAUUUCAUUAAGGUCUUAAAAAUAUGAUGUGACAAUUUUUAUUGACGAUAAUAAAAAUAGGUACAUAAUGCGCUAUUGCGCUUCAUACUUUCCGCUUGUCAGCGCUUUACAUGUAAUUGUUACUUUGGUCAUUGGAUCAAUCACUGUUUCGCACAUAAAGUGCACUAUCUCAACUCCCUGGGGAGUAUCCUGGCCAGGCAACCAUUUUCUAACAGUGCAUACAUGCCAAUCUAAUCACAUAAACGUUCUUAUCCUAUGUAAUGCCCAUUUUACACCUGGAUAUAGAGAGUGACAAACGUGGAUAAGUGCCUUUUCAAAGGACAUUAGCGCCGGGUGGGAUUUGAACCCUCGAUUCUUGGUUUAAGAGUCAUGUGACUUAACCACUACACUCUAAUAACAAAUCAGUCAAAAUAACUAGUUAAUAGGGUCAGCUGUAGUUAUUUCUGGCUAGAAAAUAUGUCAGAAAUGUGACUAGACUACCAGUUACACCCAGCUGACUACUGGUCUAGUCAAUUUGACUGAUUUGUUUUAAGAGUUUACACCUCCACAUAUUUUCUCUGUAUAAUUCCAAACUUCAUUCUCUUAAUUCAUUAGAUUGAAACAGAUUGCGAACAGGGACCAAUCAAAAUUAGAUUUAGAAUUCAAUCUUAUUCGAUUGAAACUUUUGAUCCAAUUUUGGAUUGGUCCCUGACCAGAAUAUAUUAGAUACUAGAUUGACUUUCACUCUAUACGGGAUUUAUAGUAUGGAGUUGGGGCUCUUAUUGUUACAUUCAUAAAUUUAUAAUAAAGUGAGGUUAUGCAGUCUCACACAUGCCCUGAAUAUAUACUCCUUUAGCAGCCAUAUUAAAUGGAGUAAAAAUAUAAAUUUGUAAAAGCAGCAGACCGUUGUUCUAAAUAUAAUCAGAGUUGGAAAACACAGCGUUCCUUGGACUAAUCAGUCCGUUAACUUAAAUAAAUCGAAAUUUAUUUCGAACCUGUUCCACCCAUUGGAUGAAUGCCACGAAGGCAAAUUAGAUGUAACCACGAACCGGAAAAAUAAAGUAUGGUCGAUUUCCCCGAUGAAAGGUCAUAUGGAAUAACAUGAAGAUUUCAUUGGAAUGAAAAAGUUUUCGUUCGAAGGACUUGAAUUGUUAAAUACAUGUAUGUUAAAGGGUAGUUGUAAUUUAUCCAGAUCUCGGCUUGAUUUGAAUAAUCAAGGUAAUAUAUUUCGAUGUUUAAGUACUUCUUUAUUUAUUAGGAGAGUGUCGUUUGUCAUUGUUCAUCAUCGAUAGAAGAAGGCAGAAAAAGUUUGUACAAAGUUGAAAGUUUCAUAUUGAAAAAAAAAGGACCAAAAAAGAGAAGUCAAGAACUAUAUGACAAAAAAAUGAAAUGAUCCAGCUGUCGUUUGUUCACUGAUAUUUAAUUGUGGAAGUUGUGAAAUAUGUUAUUAUUUGUAACUAUAUUGUUAAAAUAUAAAAGUGUCUAUUGGGACACUUUAGAAAUACGUGAUUAAAACACCUAUACUCCAAUUUUGAGACUUAUGUUAUGGAGUAGAGACAGAAAAUGUGUACAAGUCUAAACCUAUUUCUCGGUCUAUUCUCUCCUGAAUGUUAGAAGCUAUUUAAAAAUGUAAACAAGUACCAUGUAAAUUUUUGUAACAAAUUAUUUUAUUGUGUGUAUAGAAUGUGUUGGCGAUAUUAUAGCACCUCUGUCCAUAUAGGAGGAAGAGAGGACAUGGUGUGUAUUCUACCUGUAUAGCGAUCGAUGAUAUUUUAUGUGUGUACAGUGAAUAAAAUGUGAAAUGUUAUGAACAUCAAAA